CAGCUUUUGCAAGCUCAGAUUACAUAAACUAGUCAAGAAAAGCUAAUAUAUAACACCCAUAUAAUUAGCCUGUUUCUUCAGCCUGCUGUCAGAAGUCACCAUGACUCUACUGCUGAACUGCUGGAUGUACUUGGCUGCUCUAUCACUGGCAGUGACCACGAGCCAUGGUUUAAUAAGAAUUGCUCUCAAGAAGAUGCCAUCCAUCAGAGAGACAUUACAGGAGAUGGGAGUUUCUGCAGAGCAGGUGUUGAGUGAGCUGGCCCAGAUGAGCACAGCUGACCCCAACAAUGGGACUGUUCCCACACCUUUAACCAAUUACUUGGACACUCAGUACUUUGGAGAAAUUAGCAUCGGCUCCCCUGCCCAGAUGUUCAACGUGGUGUUUGACACAGGCUCAGCCAACCUGUGGGUGCCCUCACAGAGCUGCUCACCUUUCUCCACCGCUUGCUUUACUCACAACAGGUAUGAUUCAUCCCAAUCCCAUACUCAUGUUUCAAAUGGCACCGGAUUUUCAAUCAAUUACGCUUCUGGGACUAUCAGGGGAUUUCUAAGUGAGGAUGUUGUUGUGGUUGGCGGCCUCCCUGUUGUUCAAGUAUUUGCUGAAGCCACCUCCUUGUCUGCCAUGCCAUUUAUUUUUGCCAAGUUUGAUGGGGUCCUGGGGAUGGGUUAUCCCAACGUGGCUGUUGAUGGGAUAACACCGGUGUUUGAUCGAAUCAUGUCUCAGCAUGUCCUCAAGGAAGAGGUGUUUUCAAUCUACUACAGUAGGGACCCAAAGCACUCCCCUGGUGGAGAACUGCUCCUCGGGGGAACUGACCCAAACUACUACACUGGAAAUUUUAAUUAUCUGGAAACAAGAGAGAUGGGAAAAUGGGAAGUCACCAUAAAAGGAGUUUCUGUGGGGGCAGAGAUGAUGUUUUGUGCAGAGGGCUGCACAGCUGUGAUCGACACGGGCUCCUCCUACAUCACAGGGCCGGCCUCCUCUGUCUCAAUGCUGAUGAAAACCAUUGGAGCUCAGCUGGAUGAAACUGGAUAUAAAAUCAACUGCGAAACUGUAAAGAUGUUGCCCAGUGUCACGUUUCACCUGGGAGGCCAUGAGUACUCUCUGACGCAUGAAGAUUACAUAAUAUGGCAAUCACAGAUUGAAGGGGAUGUCUGCAUCGUCACAUUCAGGGGCUUGGAUGUGCCACCUCCUACAGGUCCCAUCUGGAUUUUAGGAGCCAACUUCAUUGCCCGAUACUACACAGAGUUUGAUCGUCGCAAUAAUCGGAUAGGGUUUGCUACGGCAGUCUGACAACAUAUGAAAAUGCACAUAUGGUAAUCUGUCUCACCAUUUUACUUUUGCUGCUGUUUUCCAAUAUUUUCUUGCCAACUUAAAGUGGGGGGCUGACUUUUGUCUGCUUUUAAGAUAGCUAUUUAUUUAAAACACUGAAAGAGAUGACUACAAAGCAUGUAUUGAAUUUUAUUUUACUUUUAAUUUGACACAAGUUGCACUGAAAACCAUGAAAAAUAUUUUUACACCUGUUUGUCUGAAAUCAAUUCUUACUGUCUCUCUGCUUGAUAAGAACUAUAACCUAUCAGAAUAAAGUUGUAAUGUGAGCUUUUA